AUGCAGCACACCAUGAAAGUUUCAAAGAGAAUUAAAUCAAGAAGCUGUGUUUAUGUAGCUCUCGACAUAGAUUUUAAGAUCCUCCAAGAGGAACAUGAGAAACGUGACAACCUCCUUUUGGAGAGAGAACCAGAACGCAGAAAAGUGGACUUGGAAAGAGUCAACAAUGUGCUUCACAGAGAAGAGGUUAAACCUGAACUGCAAGUUGCCCCCACACUCCUGGUCCAGAAACCUUUGCCUCCUCCAGCUGCAGCCACUACCACAGUUGUCGUGUCGCAUGUGGUCAGUCCUUCGCUAACUCCGUCCCCGCUCCCGCCGCAGGUCUUGCAGCAUUACCAGCCGGUGCUGAGCCCCACCAACACUGCCAGAGAGGUUUCGCGGUCCCCUCCUGUGCUCCAUCCCUCUCCGAUCUCUGCCUUCCCUGACCCACAUCCUGGUCCAACUGUGGUGAGCAGCCCUCCCCAGCAGCUUCCAAGUUCGGUGCUGGCACUACCACCACAUCACGUCAUCCAACAGUCGCCUCUGCCACAGCAGUCGGGUGGUCUUAAGUCGAGCCCCCUGGAUGAUGGAAAGCCCCAUGAUCAAAGGCGGAGACCCGGAGGGUAAGGGACACGGGAAGUCCACAAACUGGAGAAGAAUAGGCGGGCUCAUUUAAAGGAAUGUUUUGAACAUUGAAAAAGAACAUUCCCAAUCCUGGAUGAUAAGAAAACAUCAAACCUAAGUGUUUUGCGGAGUGCCUUGCGAUAUAUUCAGACUUUAAAAAGGAAAGAGAAAGAAUACGAGCACGAGAUGGAGCGCCUUGCAAGAGAGAAGAUCGCCUCCCAGCAUCAAUUAGCAGAACUGAAGAAGGAACUGAGCCAACGGAUGGACAUUCUUGAAGUGGAUCGUAUCCUCCGCCAAACUGUGCAACUGGAGGACGACCAGGGUUCUACCUCAACCGCAUCCGAGGGUGAAGAUAAUAUCGCCGAUGAUAUUGAAGACACGAGGCCCAUAAACACUCUGACAAGAACAUCGCACCAUGAGCUACUGAAGGCCGGCUCUUCUCCUGUCACCCAUCAGCCCUCACUGCUGCCUCAGCACUUGUCCAUCCAGCAGAAGCAGCCUCAAACCCAGGCGCAAUUGCAAAUCCAGCCCCAGGCUUUAAUUCCAUCUCAGACGAUUGUACCAGCACAGACUCACCUCGUGACCGCAUCGGCACUGCAGCCGACAGUCAUUGCCCACGCCGCGCCUGCUUCCCAUGCCUCGGUGAUUCACACGGCCGUCAAUCACGUGAACCAAGCUUCGCAAGCAAAGCACAUUGCUCACAUCGCGCCAGCCACCAGCAGCUCUGUGCAGCUGACCACUGCUGCGCAACCUAUUGGGCAUAUCACUGUGCACCCAGCCUCCUUAAGUCACAUGGCUCAUCUCGGGCAGCAGCUGCCCCCCAUGUAUCCACAGCCAAUGACAGUGAACCAGCCGGUCGUGAGCCACCUGACGCACACCAUCACCCACCAGCAAGUGAACGGCACCGCACCCGUUGGCCAGCAGGCCGUUGUGACAAAGCAGUCGGUGGGUCCCCAAGUCGUGCACCAGCAGAUAGUCGGUCAGACCGUCCUGAACCCUGUCACCAUGGUGACCAUGCCAUCUUUCCCCGUCAGCACUUUGAAGUUGGCCUGAACUUGAGGAGCACCAAGCCCCGAAGAAGCAGGAAUUUAAAUUUGAAAAACAAAACCCCACAUUUUCCUUGUUACUCCAAUACAUUCCUGACAGCAAGUCACGGGCAAGAGAGGGAACGGUGACUUGGGGGGGGAGGGGGGAGAACAUCAAUCGGAGAGGGAUGGCGCAGUCAGAAUAUCAAACGUCACCAGACUGGCAAUGGGAAUUGAAUACACACUGCACAAUACAAGCUGCUGACCAGAACAGUCUGAGUAACAGCUGUCCUUAGCAACCUUCCUGUGUGUGUGAGUGUGCUUUGUUGUUGGUAAAUUUACAAAAAAAAGAUGUUAGUAAGACUUUGGUGUUAUUUUUCCUCCCUUCCUUGCCCCUUGACUUCCUUCUCUCCAGAAAUAAACUCUGGAUGGUUGUCACUGUGAUUGGACGAGACAUUGAAACGGAGAGAGAGGGAAGGGGAGGUAGUCAUACAAAGGAGGCCUUAGUGGAGUUGAGCUUUACUGGACAGAGUUGAUACACAAGGUAAUUAAUGGCAACAAGAUGUUAAUUCUGCCCAUUUAGGUGCGUGUGUGCGUAUGUAUGAAAUGAAAUGCAUGGGCUGGUGAAGCAGUGGGGCAGGCCGACGUGAAUUGCAGGAGAUCAGAGACCAAACCAGGGUCCAUGCCCCCAGCUUUCUGAAUAUAUUUUUAAAGUUACUUUGUGAGGACCAAUUUUCAAAAAAAAAUUGUUGUGGUCUUUGCUUUAAAUGCACCUUCUGGAAAAUCGGCUGGAACAAACAAAAACCCACCCAGAAUUUGUUACAAGUCCUGGGCAAGAUGACUAGAUGCUGGCUGGGGGAGGGGAGGAGAAGUUAAUCAUGUGUUGCAGUCCUGUUGUAGCUGUGUCUGUAGGACUGAGUGGCUUACUGAGCUUAAAGUGAGUUUAUGUCAAUGAACUGUUUAAGGCUGGCAUCAUUACUGUGUGUGUUAUAAAUGCAGUGUCUGUCAUAUGGGGACUUUUUUAUUUAAAAAAAACUUUUUUUUGCAAUAAAAUUUUCUGCUUUCUUUGAUUUAGGCCCAGAAUUUAGGGUCUGAUUUGACUAAAACCCAAUAAAUAAACCAUGAUGCUCAGAAUGUGAUAGGCCCUUGCCCAAUGGCUCUUUCUGAAGAUUCUGCAGUGAUGAAGUCUCCAUGCUUAAGUAUCAUGGGGUGUGCUUUACCAAGUGUGUACAGGUAAAUAAAAUCCUGCAACUAAACUGGGGAGCUUUGUAUUGAAGCUUCAGUUUAUGUCAUUCACACAAAGUGUAACCCCAAGUUUAAAAUAUAUAUAUUAUAAAUAGAUGUCUCAGGUAUUUUCAGUGUGGUUCCAAUCAUGAAUUUCUCAGAUUAAUUUUUUUUAAAACAAAUAUCAUGGUGAAACUACUUGAAAAUGAUGUGCUGUGCACUAAUCUAGUCAAAGAACGCAGUGUAGAAGUUUAAAAUCAGAACUGAUUUCCUCAGAACUAAUCUUCACAGGAUUCUGAAUCAGGAGCUCACAGUAUUCAGUACAUUCCAGUGUUGCUGAUUUAGUUGUACAAGCGUGAUCGUAGUAUUGUCGAGGAAAGUUGAUGUGGAAGAUUUGUCACUGCUGUAGUCUUGAUACUGUGAUCAGCUUUCUCGGUGCUAGCUCUGGCCCAGUUACAAGUGUUUUUGUUCCUUUUCUCUAAGCUGAGUGUUGUGUACCCAAUGCUUAAUUUCACUUACAAGUGCAGCAUCUGCUCUGGUCACUCACAGACUGGUUAGAAAUAGUAAAAACCAGCUUGGGAUUCCAAAAUACAGUGCAGGUUGCUGCCACAGUAGUAGACCAAAGCCAUUAUGUUCCCUGCUUCAUUAAACCGAUGACUUUUAAAUAUAUAUCUAUAAAAUGUGUGUAUAUAUGAGUACCUUUUUAAUUCCAGACCAUCUCUACUUUCAAUAACACCACAAGAGUUGUGUAGGAAUUGUUUUCACAAUUUUUUAAUGCCUUUUGCAGGGUAGUUGCACAAAUAACAUUGCACACCAGAUACUUUGAUGUUGCAAAUGAUGCAGCAGAAGUUUUCGAUGAAGUAGUGACCCAGAGUGUGGUGUUUUGUGUUCUCUGAACCCCUUGCUAUGGCACGACAGUAUAAUGGUGUUUCCCUGGCA